GCCGCCGCCUCCUCCUCCUCCCCUCCGCCGCCGCCUACCCCCCGCGAUAUGCGCUCCUCUAGCGCUCGCGAGCAGACACCAAAGCCCAAACCACUCCUGAUUCUCAAGCUCAGCGGCUCCUCUUACCUCGACACCAUCAUCCGGGACGACAAGACGAAAGAUCCUGUCUACAUCCUCGAGACUGUGCGCGAGCUCACGAAUAUUUACCGUCUCGACCAUCCACGAGACGAGCCGGUGAAGGCUGCCACGGUGCAAUGGCCGCUCCAUCCCGUUCGCGUCAAGGGGAAGUCGGGGAGGAUGAUUCAGUUUGGAAACGGUAGCUGGCGGGAAGCCGAGGACCUCCUGAAGAACGGUCCCCUGGGGAGCACAGCCAUUCGCAAGUUUAGCAUCCCCCACUACCCCAAUUCCUUGAAGUGGAAGCUCAUUCCUGGCAACUGCUUCUGCUGUGUAACGAACGCUGUCAAAGGCCCUGUCGCUGUGUUGGACGCCGCAACCCUCAGCGCGCCGCCCCGGCUAAAAGUCUACCAUCCGCUGAUUGAGCGCGACGUCGCUCGUUCGCAAGACAACUACAAGGGCGUCCCUACUGUCUUUCUGGAUUAUCUUGUUAUCACCUCCCUGCUGCUAGUCACCGAUGUCCAGGAAUGGCUCGAUAGGCCGAGGGAGGCGCGCAUCCCUGGUAGCAGCUCAUACACGAUUCAGCGCUGGCUGGCCCUGAUCCACGAUACGCCCGCGCCGCCAGAACCCCAGCACCCUACCGUCGACCUGAGCCUGACUGUGCCUUCUACGCCGCCUCAAUCUGCGACCUUCCCAUCUCCUGGUGCUUACUGGGAGACGCAGAGCGGCGUGACCUCACUAUCAGGGUCCAACGGCUCAGGAUCGGGUACGUCGUACAUGGGUGAGCUGUUUACACCCAUCACGCCCAUCACGUCUGCUACGUCCGCGAACUCGUCCGCGUUUUUCUCCCGAUCGGCGGAGGAUGCACCUCCGCUACCUCCUAUGCCCGGAUCGACGUCCUCAGCGGCGUCCCCGUUCGCACAUAAUGUGGAACCGGGGGCGACGCGCGUACGCGAGCGGCCGAAGUCCAAUCCACAGACGAUGACGCAUUCCGCUAACUCGUCGAGUUCAAACGCGGACACGUUGAACGGCUCGCAGCCAUCUAGUCGACGUCAGCUCCCUGUGCCUCCCGGACCUGUCCCUGCAAACUCAUUCGCGCAACCAUGGCUCUAUGGCUCCAGUUCAUCUGCUUCGUCUUCCUCCAGCCAAACACCUCUCGCCUCUCCGUCUACGCCCCCAUCAGCUAGCUCUGCGGCCCAAAGUACACGUUCACACAUGCGUGUAUCGAUACGCACAACGCCGAUGCCACCACCACCGCCCCCACCCCAGCACUCAAUCCCUCUCCCGCCAAAGCUUGCGCGGGAGCAGCAGGGCUACGGUUCGCGCGGCGGUGCGCGGCCACGUACAGCGCCUGAGCUCGAGAACGGAGGCCGGCGAAGACACUCAGAGUCAUUCUCUGCCGGACAGUUUGGCGAGCUAUCGCCCGUGGAUGAUGCGGGGCCAAGUGUUCACCCGUAUGCGUCCGCGACGCCUCCUGCUUCGUUCUCACUACGAGGCGACGAUGUGCACGAACUCACCAACCAUAUGCGUGCACUGGGCGCCUCCCCCGGGCCGUCGAGUUUCAGCGAGUCGCGCAUGCAGACGAGCCAUAUGCGUGCGCCAAGCCAGGCAGCGCCGGACUACGACACACACUCUUUCGUGAAUUCGCCCCCGCCGUCUCUGCCGCCUCUGCCACUACCAGUACCCCCGGCUUCGAGCUCUGGGACAGGGUCGCGGCCGGUGACACGGCGCCAGCUCACCGUCGUGAAUGCGGACGUGCCCGCACCGCCGCAGCAUGCAAGAGACCCUGGUUUGGGUAUAGGCGGCGCAGCGGCGUGUCCGCCGCCCCCAGGCGAGCUACGACUGGAUCCACGCAUGUCGUACGCGGACAGCGUCUACGAGAUGCCCCCGCCGGCGUACGACGCAAUCGACUUUUCGGUGCGGUAUGUGCCUGUACCUCCUGUGCCCCCAAUCCCGACACAUCUCGCCGUAGUCCCCACGCGUCUACCCGUGCCUCCGGCAGAUGCGGGCUCAGAGGGGCAGCGCUCCUCCUGA